AUGAUUUUUGAAGAUUUGCACGAUUUUACAUUCUUCGCCUCUCGCAACACAGCUGCAGCCGGUGAUGGAAAUUCUUGCACGAUCGAGGAGUGGGGUACUGACUAUGAAAUCAGAGUUAAUGGGAUUGCACCAGGUCCUAUCGGAGAUACUACUGGCAUGAGAAAACUCGUUCCUCAAGAAAUAAAUAGCAAAGCCAGAGACUAUAUGCCUCUGUAUAAACUUGGCGAGAAGUGGGAUAUUGCCAUGGCUGCUCUUUACCUUGCCUCAGAUGCCGGUUGUGGUGAUACUGCGUGGUAUCGGGAUUUAUUUUUUUUUGGAGCCCCUCGCACGCCGUGGUCGAGAUCUGCUGCGUGCUAUGGCCGGGAUUUGCAGGCGGCUGAGGCGGUGUUUUUUUUUAUGGUGGUGGUGCGAUACAGGCAAUGGUCCGAUGGUUGUGGUGAGGUGCGGGCGGCAGUUAUUUGA